AACGCAGUACCUUCUUUCCCCUUCCUUUCUAUUUUUUCUCCUAACUCUCUCUCUCUCUCUCUCAUCCUUAUAUUUCCAACGGAACCUUCUAGAACCACCAUAACAUCAUUCUCCGUUCCCUCGCGUUUCAACACCGAUAACCCGCAAAAAUACCCAUUGAUCUGCGCCUCCUCUUCCAUGGCUCCACCGCCGCCGGUGGAACACAACGGCGACUCCGCCGCUACCGCCUCCGCCUCCGCCUCCGCGGAGUCUCAGAGAUCAAUUCCCACGCCCUUUCUCACCAAAACCUAUCAACUCGUCGACGACCAAUCCAUCGACGACGUUAUUUCCUGGAACGACGACGGGUCAACGUUUAUCGUCUGGAACCCUACCGUUUUCGCCAGAGACUUGCUUCCUAAAUUUUUCAAACACAAUAAUUUCUCUAGCUUCGUUCGCCAACUCAACACUUACGGAUUCAGGAAAGUUGUGCCUGAUCGGUGGGAGUUCUCGAACGAUUAUUUCCGCCGAGGCGAGAAGCGGCUUCUUUGCGAAAUUCAGCGGCGGAAGAUCUCAUCGCCGGCGCCGUCUCCGACUGCGCCGACGACGGUUACGGUGCCGAUGCCGUUGACCGCGAUACCGAUCAUAUCGCCGUCGAACUCUGGCGAGGAGCAGGUGAUAUCGUCGAACUCGUCGCCGUUGCGAGCGCCGGCGGAGCUUCUCGACGAGAACGAGCGGCUUAGGAAAGAGAACGUUCAGUUAACGAAAGAACUCGCCGAGAUGAGAUCGCUCUGCAACAACAUAUAUUCUCUCAUGUCAAGCUACGGAAACAAAAACGGAAACAGCAACGGCAGUUACCAAACUGACGGCGGCGCCGGUGGAGCACAGGGAAGCAGGGAGUCCGGCAUGACGGCGGUGAAGCCACUGGAUUUGAUGCCGGUGAAACGGAGCUCCGGCGAGGACGCGGCGGAUACGGUGCCGAAGGAGAUAAAUCUAAUUCCGAAUCCGAAGCUGUUUGGCGUGGCGAUUGGAGCGAAGCGAGCGAGAGAGGGAGGAGGAGGAAGUGGAAGUGGUCGAGAUUGCGGAGGAGGAGGAGGAGGAGGAGAGGAAGAUACCCUGCUGCGCCUGCAUCACGUGGGUUCUGCAGACGUGAAAUCUGAGCCGUUGGAUUGCCAGAACCAUCGCGAGAAUCAGGAAACGCCGUGGUUGAGUCCGUGUCACAGGACAAAUCAAAGGGUGUGCAACUGACACGCGGCGACGGCUAAUCGAAUGAAACAUUUUAGAUUAGAUACGUAGUGCUGUAGGGAAUCCGAAACCGGCACGCGGAGACGUCACGUGCGUCGUUUAACCGUUUGGGACCGAUUCCCAGAAGUUUCUCAGAAGUCAGAGGAAAACGAUACUUUCUAAUCCUUUUUUCUUCGCUAUCUCUUUUUUAUUUAUAUUAUAUAUUCGUUAAAUUGGACUUGGACUGUAGCUUUGCCAUUGAGGGUAGUGUUGAAUAUUUCAUUAGUCCUAUAAAUUAUUUUACUUGCCUGUAGAAACUCAACAUUCAUACUUAUGUGAAUAUAUUUAUAGUUUUAUUACUUUUA